AUGGCUCGUAGAUCAUACAUUUUAGAUAUAGAAUAUAAAGUACAGUCAUUAUGGCAUGAAUUUGGAGUGAAUGAAUCGAAUGUGCCCAUUGAUGAACUUAAGCCUAAGUAUUUUUGCACCUUUCCCUACCCUUAUAUGAAUGGAAGACUCCAUCUUGGCCACGCCUUUAGUGCAUCAAAAGCCGAAUUUCAAGCAAGAUUCCAGGCAUUGAUGGGUAAACAAAUUCUUUGGCCAAUGGGAUUCCACUGUACAGGCAUGCCAAUAGCAGCAUGUGCAGAUAAGAUAAAGUUUGAACUAUCAGAUCGCAAGAAUGACUCCGAAGUAGAUGUUAAAUAUAAUUCAAAGGCGCAUUUUUCAGAUAAAUGUGAUUCUAAUGCUCAAAAAAACGAAGGAAAUAUUCUAAAGUAUUCAUCUAAGAAAAGUAAAGCAACAUCUAAAACGAAUAAUGAGUUGAGUCAAACAGAUAUAAUGCUGAAAAUGGGUAUAGAUAAUGAUAUUGUUCACAAGUUUGCAGAUCCAGAUUUUUGGCUUACAUUCUUUCCACCAUUGGCCAUAAAAGACUUAAAGAGACUUGGAUUUGCUAUUGACUGGAGGAGAUCCUUCAUCACUACCAAGAGAAAUCCCUACUACGAUAGAUUUAUCAAAUGGCAAUUUAAUAAGCUUAAAAAUCUCAAUAAGUUAAUGUAUGGUUGCCGUCCAUCUAUAAUCAGCAUUAAAACUUUACAACCUUGUGCCGACCACGAUAGAUCUGAGGGUGAAGGAGUUGGUCAUCAGGAAUAUACAGUAAUCAAAUUAAAGCUUAAAACCUAUUUAGAUAUUAAACAACUGGUCAUUGAUGACUACAAAAGUUAUAUAUCUGAAAUAAAUGAAUUACCAAUAUACCUACUAGCAGCUACACUUCGGCCUGAAACAAUGUAUGGACAAACUGGCUGUUUUGUAUUACCAGAAGGCGAUUAUUGUGCGGUUCUUGGCUUUAAUAACCCUAAAAUGGAUUUUAACGUACAAGGUGUGGUUCAAUCAUUAUACCAUAUUAAGGAUAGCAUCGAAUUGACCGAUGCUAUCUAUAUUACAUCAUCCAAUUCAUUAUACAAUCUAGCUUAUCAGGGUUUAAUCCCCCUUAAUCCCUCACAAAACACUGAUAAACCUCCUCAUAUAUUAUUUAACCUCACUGGACAAACAUUGAUCGGGAUGCAGAUAGAAGCACCUCUUUCAGUCUACAAGCAUGUAUAUGUUUUACCUAUGCCAACAAUUUCAAUAAAAAAGGGCACAGGAAUAGUAACUUGUGUUCCCAGCGAUUCUCCAGAUGACUACCUAAUGUACAAGGAUAUUCGUAAUAAGGCGGACUAUUAUAGGACAAAAUACAACAUAGAUCCUGCAUAUGUAUCUUUUGAUAUAUUGCCAAUAAUAAAUAUACCAGGAAUAGGAAAUAUGUGUGCUGUUACUGAGUGUGAAAAGUUGAAGAUUGCCUCCAUUAAAGAUAGAAUUAAGGUGGACCCACUAAAAAAUGUCUUAUACAAACGCGGAUUUUAUGAGGGAGUCAUGUGCUAUGGCAAGUAUAGUGGACAACCUGUUAUGAAUGUCAAGGAACAUAUUAAACAGGAUCUUAUAUCCAGCGGUUCUGCUAUCGUUUAUAUGGAGCCUGAAUCGACUGUAAUAUCAAGAAAUGGAGAUACGUGUAUUGUGGCUUUGUGUAAUCAGUGGUAUACGACGUUUGGGGAUGAAAACUGGAAAAAAUACGUACAUGAACAUGUAAACUCGCAGAACUUUAUAUGUCAUAAUGAAUCUACAUUAAACCAAAUUAAGCACGUAGUUAAUUGGCUGGAUCAUUGGGCUUGUAGCAGAUCUUAUGGCCUGGGUACUAAUGUUAUGUUAGAUAAUGAUAAUAAUCCUGUGCUAAUUGAAAGCUUGUCUGACAGUACAAUAUAUAUGGCAUAUUACACCAUUUCUCAUUAUUUUCAGGGUGAUAUAUAUGGAACCAAACCUGGUAAAUUUGGUAUCUCUGCCACUCAAAUAACUGAUGAGCUAUUUGACUACAUUUUUGAUAUAUCAGAUAUUAUGCCUAGAGAUUUGCCAAUUGAAAAACAUAUAUUGCUUGAUGCUAAGAAGGAAUUCAUGUACUGGUAUCCGCAAGAUAUAAGAGUUUCUGGAAAGGAUCUAAUUUUUAACCAUUUGACAAUGUCCCUUUUCAUUCACCAGGCCAUAUGGCAGGGCAGGUAUAUGCCAAUGGGCUAUUUCUGCAAUGGACAUAUACUUGUUGAUGCAGAAAAGAUGUCUAAAUCUAAGGGCAACUUUUUGACAAUAGAAGAAUGCAUUGAUAAAUAUACUGCGGAUGGGAUGAGGGUGGCGCUAGCUGAUGCAGGAGAUACAAUUGAUGAUGCCAAUUUUUCCAACGAUACAGCCAAUUCAGCACUUCUAAAAUUAUAUACAUUGAUUCAAAUUUGCAAAGAAUUUGUGGAAUCCACGGAAUACAGAAAAGAUGAUGCCAUUUUGGACUACGAUAAAGCCUUUGUCAAUCACAUGAAGAUAUUGGCCAACAAAGCUAAAGAUGCUUAUUCGAAAUUUUGCUACAGAGAUGCUUUGAAGUAUUCAUACUACGAAAUGACUUCACUCAUCCAUAAAUAUAAGCUACAGUCCGGUACUUCACUAAUGAACAGGGAGAUUGUUCUACAAUAUCUUGAUACGCUCGCCAAAAUACUUUCACCAAUUUGCCCUCACACGUGCGAAUACAUAUGGCGUGAUUUGCUAAAAAAUGAUUCCUUCGUCAUAAAGCAGCAAUGGCCAAUUUUUGAGGAUAUAGACUGGGGUAUUUAUAGACGAUACUCCAUGUUAUACAAGAAUAUAGACGAAUUUAGACGAGCUAAGGAGAAGGCAAUCAAUCAGCUUAAGAAGAAGAAUAAAAAUGCAAUAGUAAAUUUCACAAGUGCAGACAUUUUUGUGGCCUCCAAGUACACCAAAGUGCAGGAACUGGUUCUUACUCAACUAACUGACAUGGUCAAAAACAAUAUUGACAUUCUCAAUGUCAAUAUUUCAAACCAAUUAUUACAAUCAGAGACGCUAAAAGAUUUGAAUAAAGUUGAUAAGAAAGAAGCUUUACAGUUUGCCAGUUAUUAUGUGAAGGAAGAAUACGCUACACGUGGUGAUUCAUCAUUGAAACCCGGAUUGGAUUAUUGUGAAAUUGAAUUUCUGGAACUAAAUAAGCAAUAUUUAAAGGAAUCACUACAAUUAAAUGAAUUAAAUUUAUACCAAUGCGAUGAUGGCACUUGUAUGCCUGGGAGGCCCACAAUUAGAUACCUCUCCAAUUAA